AUGACACCCACCAAAGACAACAAGCUGGGUACGCCCAAGGCCGUCAACCCAGAGCUUCAGGCAGGUGGUGGUACAGCAUCGGCCUCCACUACAGCUCGCAAGGUCGACGCCUUAUCACCACUCCUUACACAAUACAUCAAGGCAGUCUACGACGAAAUCAUGAAGCGAUACGACUUGGGAACAAAGGAGGGACAAUUGAAGUGGCUGGCGGAGGAGCAGCAGUGCUCAGGGCAGAACGCUGAGCUUCUGGCCGACGGCUCCUUCUCGCACUUCGCCAACUACUUCAUGUCAGGAUCGGCAAGUGUAUUGAAGCCUGCGCAACCUGUGGAUGAGUCGUAUCCAAUCUCCAACUACUUCAUCUCCUCGAGUCACAACACAUACCUUACCGGAAAUCAGCUGUCGAGCGACUCGAGCGUCGAUGCCUACAAGAACGUCCUGAUGCGAGGAUGUCGUUGCGUCGAGGUCGAUGUUUGGGAUGGAGACGAGCUUUCCGAUUCUAGCUCAGAUGAGGAAGCUGCCAUGGGCAACCCAGGAUCGAGUGACACGAGGAAAGAGAAGAAGAAGUCCAAGUCGGGUCUGAGUAUCCGUAAGAGGCUAGGGCUCAAGUUUGGCAAGAAGAGCGACGAAGAGAAAGAAGAGGAAUCACCGCAGCCGCCUCAGGAUGGAGAUAACAAGAUCAAGCCCUGGCACUCUGCCUCUUACACGUCAAGGGCCGAGCCCAGGGUAUUUCACGGCUACACUUUGACCAAGGACAUGACGUUCCGCGCCGUAUGCGCGACUAUCAGGGAUUAUGCAUUUGCUGCAUCAAACCUACCCUUGAUAGUAAGUCUCGAGGUACACACCGGUCCAGAGCAGCAGGAGAUCAUGGUUGAGAUCAUGAACGAGUACUGGAAAGGUAUGCUACUUGAGCUACCCCUAGAUCCAGCGCAGGGUCUUGAUGAAGCUCAUCUACCGACGUUGAAGGAGCUGGAGAAUAAGAUCCUGGUCAAGGUCAAGCGUGGGCAUAUGAAGCCAGUCGCAGUGGAGCCACAACCCACAACAUUAGCCGCACCAGCAUCAGCGCCGCCACUAGAGCAUACCACGAGCACUGAUUCUGCGGCUUCAGAGUCAUCAGAAGUCGGCCCAGAUGGAGAGAAGAAGCCUCCGGCGCCAAAGCCUAAGAUUAUCGAAGCACUAUCACGACUGGGUGUUUAUCUAGGAGGCUACUCGUACAAGACUCUUGAUGCUCCAGAGGCGAAGAUACCUACUCAUGUCUUCUCCUUGUCAGAAGGAACCUUGAUGGAAGUUCACGAAACGGAUCCUGUCCGACUCUUUGAACACAACAAACACUUCUUCAUGCGCGCUUACCCAAAGGGCUUGCGGUUGACUUCGUCCAACUUGAACCCUUCGGUCUUCUGGCGUGCUGGAGUUCAAAUAGUAGCCCUGAACUGGCAACGCUGGGAUGGUGGAAUGAUGCAAAAUGAAGCCAUGUUUGCAGGUACCGGUGGCUGGGUCCUCAAACCCGAAGGGUAUCGCAGCACCAGCCAAGAGGUGACACAAAAGACCGCCAUACCUCAUCACGACCUUGACUUGACCAUUGAGUUCCUCGCAGGACAGGAUAUCCCUCUGCCUCCCGAGGAGGACGACCCAAAGGAUCUCAAGCCUUACGUCAAGGUUGAGUUGCACGUGGAGUCACACGAAGAGCGUAACGCCGAGCCAGUACCCGGUAAUGGAAGAAGCCAAAAGGGCGAAUACAAACAGAAGACGAAGACAACCAAGACCACGAACCCGGAUUUUGGCGGUGAAGUCGUCAAAUUCGUCAGUGUACCCGGUGUCACGGAAGAAUUGACAUUCGUCAGAUUCAAAGUCAUGGACGAUGAACGACUCAGCGACGAUCUAGCCGCUUGGGCAUGCUUCCGCCUCGACCGUCUGCAGACGGGUCUACGCAUGCUGCAUCUAUACGACUCAAAUGGUGUCAUCACCAAGGGUGUGCUGUUGGUCCGCAUUAGGAAGACGGUCAGUACGGCUUGA